UCACUUCGCAGUGGUGGCAAGCGGACUACAACUGAAAUGGUCCUCGCACUUCAAAUAUCUCGGCUUUUCUUUCGCACAGGAUACGCUAGAAGCAAAGGAGCGUUGUUGACGGCGCAGAAAUGCAUGAGCAACACAUCAUACCAGUACAUAUUAAUCAACACUUUAGGUGAAAAGAAGAAUGUUGGUCUGGUCCAAUUAAACAGGCCAAAGGCCCUGAAUGCCUUAUGUACUGAUUUAAUACUGGAAAUGGAUGCAGCCAUUGACAAAUUUGAAAAAGAUGAUAAAAUUGGAGCUAUUAUUAUCACAGGGAAUGAAAAAGCAUUUGCCGCAGGUGCUGACAUAAAGGAAAUGCUGAACCAAACAUAUUCUGAAGUCAUGAAGGGAAGCUUGUUUGGUGAAUGGAAACGAAUCUCACACUGCAGUAAACCUGUGAUAGCUGCUGUAAAUGGAUAUGCACUAGGUGGAGGAUGUGAAAUGGCAAUGAUGUGUGAUAUUAUUUAUGCCGGUGACAAAGCACGUUUUGGGCAACCAGAAAUUAUAAUUGGAACAAUACCAGGAGCUGGUGGUACUCAGAGAUUGACAAGAGCUGUUGGAAAAUCAAAGGCAAUGGAAAUGUGUUUAACUGGCGAUCAAGUUACUGCAAAGGAAGCUGAAAGAAUGGGUCUUGUGAGUAAAGUGUUCCCUGCUAGCCAACUUAUGAGUGAAGCCAUCAAAUUAGCAGAGAAAAUCUCUUCAUAUUCGCCACUGAUUGUGACUCUGUGCAAAGAGGCAGUAAACACAGCCCUUGAAACUACUCUUCAAGAUGGCCUUCAACUUGAAAAGUGCCUAGCCUAUGCAACAUUUGCAACUGAUGACCGCAAGGAAGGGGUGACAGCCUUUGUUGAAAAAAGAGCACCAAAUUUCAAAAAUAGUUAAUUUUGGUAAAAAGGAGUAUAAUGAGGAGAUUUGACAAGUGAGCUUCUGGAUACUAAGCUGGAUUUGCAACACAUAAUACAAUUUGAAAUAAAAACAAUCAUAAAUGCAAAGUAAGCAAUGCCUACAACUUUUUUAAUCCUACACAUUAUAUAAGAUAAUCAAGAGCACCAUUACUAUUCUGUGCAUUAUGUAUUCUGCAUCACAUAUAGUAUGUUGCAAUUUCACACUAGAUACAAUCAUAAAAAUAAACUACUGUUUGAAUCAGA